UUUAAUAUAGAAGUUGUAUUUAUAAGAAAUAUUAAACCGCUCAAAAAUUUUGUAAUUAUUGUAUUUGGCCAUGGAACUUUCCGAAAUUUUCUUCAUUUUUUUAAUUACUAAUAAUUAUUUUUAUCUUUUUUUCAUUUUUUUUUCAUCAAAGACACAAAAGAAAUGUAUAAAAUACUUCUAGUCGCAAUAUCAAUUUUCGUGCAUGUGGGAUUGACCAAUCAACAGCGAGUGGUUAAUGUAUAUAAUUUAUGCAAGCCUCGAUCAUUCAUGUACAUGUUAAAUGAUAUAUGUAAAUAUGUAUCACCAAGAUGGAAACGAGACAAGAGUGGUUCCACGAGACAAGCCCAAUCAUACACAUUUUAUCACUAAAAGAUACGCCAACACAUUCUUGAGGACGACAAAACAUUCGCAAAAAAGAGAUUUGAAUAUCAUGGAUGAAUGCUGUGUCACGAAGGCUUGUACGUUACACGAACUAACAGAAUAUUGUCCUUAUAUACCAGUGUUUCCUUUCAAUGACCCUGAGAAAGUUUAAUAUUGAAAUAUUAGAUUGAAUUGAACUUUUUUUGGUGUAUCUUUAUCUAAUAUAUAUUAUUUUUUUAUAUUAACUUAUUAUCGAAAGAUGCUGCCUGCUGUGACAUUACAA